AUGUCGAAGGAGACGGACAGCGAUUCGGAGCCGCAACAGCUUCAGUACAAGGUGAUCAUCCUGGGAGAUGGCGCAGUGGGCAAAACUUCUAUCGCUAUGCGGCACACGGAGGACAAUUUCUCCACGACAUAUAAACAAACAAUUGGCUUGGAUUUUUUCCUCAAGCGUAUGGCGUUGCCAGGUGACACGCAAGUGACGCUGCAGAUUUGGGACAUCGGUGGUCAGAGUAUCGGCGGCAAGAUGCUCAAGAAUUAUAUUUACGGGGCGCAGGGUGUGCUGCUGGUGUACGACAUCACCAACUACGAGAGCUUUCAGAACCUUGAGGACUGGUACCGUCUUGUUCGUCGCACGUUCGAUGAAGAACGCAUGCCAUACGUAGCUCUCGUUGGCAAUAAGACGGAUCUGAAUCAUCUCCGUGCUGUCAAAGUGGCCAAACACAAACAAUUUACCGAGGAGAAUGACCUCAAGAGUUUCUUCGUGUCUGCAAAGACAGGAGACCAAGUGAACACGACGUUCCGUCAAGUGGCUGCAGACCUGGCGGGAAUUUCUCUUUCUAAAGCGGAGUUGGACGUAGAAGCUCCUGUGCUUAAAGCGCAGAUCGUCAACCACGAGCAACACGACCCAGACGUCAAGACGCCAGACAUCCGCAGUUCGCAGAAUCCCAAGUGCAGCAUUCAGUAAAUUUUCCAUCAACUUCUGACAUUCGGAGCACCAACUUUUGACACUUUUUUCAGCAAUUGAUCCCCUAACAAAGUGUCCCAUUGAUUAGAUGUGUUACUCUGGUAGAUUGGAGAUUAAGGCUCCAUGCCGCUCUUGACAAAGGUUGACACGAUAGACGACACUUAGUAGUCCUCGUCUCCGCCGAACAUGUCCAUGCCGCCGCCCAUGUCGACCUCCUCUUCCUCCUCAACGGCCUUCUCC